CAAGCAACCUGCAUGGAAGCUGAGAACCAUACAGGAAUAACACAUUUCCUCCUUAUUGGACUUUCAGAAGAUCCUAAAAUUCAAUCUGUACUCUUUGGACUAUUCCUGUUCAUGUUCCUAGUUACCAUGCUUGGAAACUUUCUCAUUGUCUUAGUCACCAGCUGUGACUCACACCUUCAUACUCCCAUGUACUUUUUUCUCUGCAACCUUUCAUUUGUUGAUAUUUGUUUAACCUCCACUACCAUCCCCAAAAUGCUGGUGAAUAUUUACAUACACACCAUGGAGAUAUCUUACACAGAGUGCCUUACUCAAGUAUAUUUUUUUAAUAAUUUUCUUGGAAUGGAUAAUUUUCUUCUGACUAUUAUGGCCUAUGAUCGUUUUGUGGCAAUCUGUCACCCACUUAACUACACAGUCAUCAUGAACCCUCAAAUCUGUGGCCUUCUGGUUCUUUUAUCUUGGAUCAUUAUGUUCUGGGUCUCCUUGAUUCAUAUGUUAUUGAUAAAACAACUGACUUUCUCUACUAGCACUGAAAUCCCACAUUUCUUUUGUGAACUCACUGAGCUUCUCAGGGUGGCCCGAUCUGAUACCAAGAUAAAUAACAUUUUUCUGUAUUUUGUUACUGCUUUGCUAGGAAUGUUUCCUGUCAUUGGGAUAGCUUUCUCUUAUUUUCACAUUGUCUCUGCCUUAUUGAAAAUGUCCUCCAUUAAGAAUAAGUAUAAAGCCUUCUCCACCUGUGGGUCUCACCUCUGUGUGGUAUCCUUGUUCUAUGGAACAGGAUUUGUAGUUCAUCUCAGUUCUGCUGUAGCCCAUUCAUCCAAGAGAAAUACAAUCACUUCAAUAAUGUACACUGUUGUCACCCCUAUGUUGAACCCCUUUAUCUACAGCUUGAGAAAUAAAGAUGUAAAGGGAGCCUUGGUAAGAAUCCUCAGAAGAGUUAAGUUUUGUCCUUGA